CAAUGAGAGGAGGAGGAGGAGGGACACGGAGCGCGUGAGUGCCGAGGGUGGCGCGAGUCGGCGAGGGAGGGAGGAGCUGAGAGCGUCACCGCAGGACCAUGGCGACACGGAACAGAGCGGGUGAGCGGCGGUGCCUGGUGAUCGGUGGGGCUGGGUUUCUGGGCCAGCACCUAGUGGAGGCGCUGGUGGCGCGAGGGUACGUGGUGGGGGUGUUCGAUGUCCGCCCGGGGGCCCCCAUCUCCGGCGUCGUCUACUUCACGGGGGACCUGUGCAACCAGGAGGACCUGAUGCCAGCGCUGCAGAGCGUGAGCGUGGUGUUCCACUGUGCCUCCCCAAGCCCAGCCAGCAACAAUCGGAACCUCUUCUACCGGGUCAACUGCCAGGGCACGCAGACUGUCAUCGCCGCCUGCCAGGCCGCUGGUGUCAAGCGGCUGGUGCUGACGAGCAGUGCGAGCGUCGUGUUUGAGGGGGUGGACCUGAAGGAUGCCACGGAGGAGACGCCGUAUGCACGCAGACCCAUCGACUACUACACCGAGACAAAGAUCCUACAGGAGAAGGCCGUGCUCGCUGCGAACUGCCCCGAGCGAGGGUUCCUCACGGUUGCGAUCCGCCCCCACGGGAUCUUUGGGCCCCGUGACCCCCAGCUGGUGCCCAUACUUGUGGACGCCGCCCGGCGUGGCAAGAUGAAGUUCAUCAUCGGAGACGGCAGCAACCUCGUGGACUUCACGUACGUGGAGAACGUGGCGCACGGCCACAUCCUGGCAGCAGAGCACCUGGAUCCCGGCUCGCCCGUGUGUGGCCAGGCCUUCCACAUCACCAACGAUGAGCCGGUGCCAUUCUGGGCCUUCAUGUCGCGCCUCCUGGAGGGGCUCGGCUACGCGGCGCCGCGCCACCGCCUGCCCUACCGGCUGGUGUACGUGCUGGCGCUGCUGCUGCAACUGCUGAGCACGCUGCUGCGCCCCGUGUGGGCCUUCACGCCCACGUUCUCGCCGAUGCGCGUGGCGCUCGCCGCCACACACCACUACUACAGCUGCGCGCGCGCCAAGCGCCUCCUCGGCUACCGCCCGCCCGUGCAGCUCGACGACGCGGUGGCGCGAACCCUCGCCAGCUACCCGCACCUGCGCCGCACGGCCGACUAGCGCUCUCGCCAUGGGAGGGACCCGGGUCUCGCCCGUGUCUGGCUGGGUCGCAUCCGGGUGUCAGCCGGGUGUCACCCUUGUAUUCACCCGUGUGUACCUGGACGCUGCGGCGUGCACGGAUGUCGUCGCGCGCCCUGCAGGCCCGCUGCGAGGUUGACCGUUAACCCAAUAAACCUGGUGACAUUUUAACCUCUGA